CCAACUUCUAGAUUGUCGGUGAGGGAGGCGCACUAGCGCCGCUCCCUACACGCCCGCAAAAGGGAUUUGUGGUAGAGUUCGUGGUGGUGUUUAUCUUUGGCAAGUGUUUUUUUUCCUUUUCAACAGACGGAGAAUUUUGUAAGUGUCUUGGGUAAAGACUGUUUGAAUUUGUAUCGUUAGUGCCAUAUGUACUGGAAGAACGGUGAUCAAUAUGUGGGUGAAGCCACAAGAAGUUCUACUGGCAAAUGCUUUAUGGGUAACAGAACAAGCAACUGUAUAUUUUGUUUUACAACGUCGUAAAGGACAUGGAAAAACAAAAGGUUUCACUUCUAUUAUAGUAGGGACAUUGGAUAGUGUCUUAGACACUAAACCUCCACCUUUUAGAAUAUUACAUCAAACGCCAUCAUCUGAAGUUUAUUGGGAAAUUGCAUGUUCCUUGACUCAUGAAGAAAUCUUACAAGAUUGGGAAUGGCUGCAUUCGAAUUUAAUGGAUACUUUAAAAUCAUUUGACACAGAAGAAGAAAUUACUGAAUUUGUUUGCUGCAAAAUACAAUCUAUUAUUGCAAACAAUGUUCCUGAUAGUCAAUUUGCAGAUGAGGAGGAUCCACAGUCAUUUAAAACUGUGUCCUUUAAAUUUCACCAACUGUUCAAUAUACCAAAGGAGGAUAAGUUGGUUAAUUAUUACUCUUGCAGCUAUUGGAAAUCUCGUUUUCCUAGACAAGGAUGGCUCUAUUUAUCUGUACAUCAUAUGUGUUUUUAUGCUUAUAUUUUGGCAAGGGAAACAAAAUUAAUUAUAAGAUGGGUAGAUAUUACUGAACUAAGUAAAACUAAUUCCAUCCUAUUUCCGGACAGUAUACGUGUUGUAACAAGAGACAAUAAAGAGCAUUAUUUUUCAAUGUUUCUUCAUAAAUCAGAGACAUACUCAUUAAUGGAGCAACUUACAAAUAUUGCUAUGAAAAGACUUAUAGACGAAAAAAGCGGCUUCAACGCGGAUAGAGAAUUGUUAAAUAAAUUAAGCAAGAAUGUACCUAAAAAGCGCUCUUUUUUAAAAAGAGAUCUUGAUGCAAGAGCGCAUUCUGAAGCUUAUAGAUUACAAUUUCGAUUACCAGGAACUGAGAAGUUGGAUGGUAAUAUUGAUGCAACGUUAUGGACACCGUACAAUAAAAGAUAUGUUUGGGGAAAAAUUUUUCUCUCUCAAAACUAUCUUUGUUUCGAAAGCAGGGUAAGAGGAUUAGUAAGUUUAGUUAUACCUCUGAGAGAAGUAAAACUGACAGAACGUGCUGAAAAUCAAUCAUUUAGUACAGGAAUAGAUAAAUCUAUUUUAGUUACAACGGAGCGAUCGUCGUUUUUAUUUGCUCAAAUUCAUGAUAGGGAUUUUGUUGUUCAAAAAAUAUCGGAAUUAUUAGCAAGAUCUCAACUGUCCAAUUUGGGUGGAGAUAACGCGUUCUCUCUAACUAGUCAAAACGACAGUAAUAGCGAAAAAGCUAAAUCAGUUAACUGGAAAUCUCAACCACCAUUAAUGACUUUAUUUAAAGCCCCGCUAAGUAGUGAAGCAGCAUUAAAACAGGAAGCUAAAGAAAAACAGUGGGAACUCCAUUUUGCGGAAUACGGUAGAGGUGUUACAAUGUAUAGGACAACGGAAACGGCAAAACUAAUAAUUCAAGGUGUACCACAAACCCUUAGAGGAGAAGUUUGGCUUACAUUUUCUGGUGCUUUGAAUGAAAUGGUAAUGAACCCAGGACUUUAUAAAUCAUUGGUCAACCAAUCAUUGGGCAAAUCGUGUCAAGCGAAUGAGGAAAUAGAAAGAGAUUUACAUAGAUCGUUACCCGAACAUCCAGCAUUUCAGUCCGACACUGGUAUUAGCGCGCUAAGAAGAGUUCUUUCUGCGUAUGCAUGGAAAAAUCCGCAAAUUGGUUAUUGUCAGGCAAUGAAUAUAGUAGCUUCAGUUCUGUUAAUCUACUGUUCGGAGGAAUCUGCGUUCUGGCAGCUAUGUAAUGUGUGCGAAUCGUUGUUACCCGAUUAUUAUGAUAGACGAGUAGUUGGCGCACUCGUUGAUCAAGGUCUUUUAGAAGAAUUAGCUGCCGAACAUUUACCAACUUUACAUGCUAGAUUACAGGAACUUGGUCUAAUCAAAGUCAUAUCGCUUUCGUGGUUUUUAACAAUAUUUUUAAGCGUUAUGCCAACUAGCAGUGCCGUAAAUAUAAUGGACUGCUUCUUCUAUGAUGGUGCAAAAGUAAUAUUUCAGAUAGCAUUAACAGUACUGGAAUGGAAUCAAGAUAAGUUACUUAAUUGUCGCGACGAUGGUGAAGCAAUGCAAUUGUUAACUGAUUAUCUCGGCGGUGUGUACAAUGAUGAGGGCCCUAUACUUCCUAGACCAGUUGACAGUGCUACUCCUAAUAGAAGUAUAUCUAUUCAGACCUUAAUAUACGAAGCGUAUUCGAGAUAUGGAUCUUUAACUAUCGGUGGGAUAGAAAGACUUCGUCUAAAACAUAGACUUAGAGUAGUUCAAAGUUUAGAAGAGGGAAUCGAAAAGAACGUAAUUAGAAGUGUUAUUGUUGAUAAAUAUAUGACGAUGGAAGAAUUACAGGAUCUACUGAGUUUAGUCAGAGAAGAAUUAAUGAGUCAACGAAAAUCGGAACCCGAUCGUUAUGAUCCAACCCAACCACCUUAUGAAGCAUAUAAGGUAGACUUUGAAUUAUUUAGAAUAUUAUUUGGUGGCUUAUCUCUCUGGGGGAAAUGUAGUCAAGCUGAAUCUCUUGCUGCCCGGUUAUUCCGUUUAAUGGAUCGUAACCGUGAUGGUCUGCUAAACUUUCGGGAAUUAGUACAAGCUAUCGGAAUGACAACAACUGCCGAUUUAACGCAAAGGUUAAAACUAUUGUAUACCCUCCAUUUACCACCGUUACUUACACCUGUUGAUUUUGAAUCGCCAACGCAUUCUGAUGGCGCAGAAGUAGCGGCAGAAGCUACAGAUUUUUUUGAUAGUAUGGAACAAAGUGUUGCUUCUUUAGAAAUGCCAAUUAGCUUAGCUGAAGAACCGACUAUAGGUACUCUGUCUCGUUCAACGAGUUUGAACAGUCAGCAAGGAGAUCAAUCAUGGGAAGUUCAAAGUAUGGGUAGCUUACGUUCUAUGGUAGCAUCGAAAGAUAGCCCAUUGGAUUUAAAAACUGUACCAAAAAUGUCACAACGACACUUCAUAGCACUAUGGAAAACACUUUAUGAUAUGUUCCCCGCACAGCCGGAAGAACAAGAAACUUAUCAUUGCAUAGCUUCAAUAGGUACACUUUUACUUCAAUUAGGAGAUGUUGGUAAAAAGUUUUAUGUUGAUCGAGACGAAUCCGAAGACAGUUUACUUUUAGCUGCUACUUCUGCUCAACAAUCAUCAAUGAUUGAACGGUCGCCUGAUCGCAAUGGAAAUCCGUCAAGUAUAAUAUCAUCUACCGACCCCGAUUGGUCAAUAAGCGUUGAACAGUUCCUGGCAUCUGCCUUAACAGGUCAAGCAAUAGUAGACUUUUUUAGUAAACGAACAGAUCUUACCGAAGCAAUUGCAACUUUAAAAAAUCGUCGAUUCAAUCGCGUUCAUUCCUUAUCAGAUACUCCUGUGUUGAACAUAUGAUACACAGACGUGACCAUGUAUAAAAAUAGUGUAAGAUAUAUAUAAAAUUUAUAAAGUGAUA